AUGUCAUACGAAUCGUUCGACAGGUGCGACCUUGACGACAUGCAUAGCUCUCAGCUUGAGUCGCCGUCUCCUCCUGUGACCAAGCUGCCGCCUCCUGCGUUGCUUAAGUCGCCUCCUGCUUGGCCCAAGCUGCCGCCGCCUCCUGCUGGGCCCAAGCUGCUGCCGCCUCCUGCUUUGCUCAAGCCGCCUCCUCCUGCUGGGCCCAAGCUGCUUAAUCGGCAAACUCCUCUAUGGUUGAAAUCGCCGCCUCCUGCUGGGCCCAAGCCGUCGCCUCCUGAUGGGCCCAAGCUGCCGCCGCCUCCUGCUGAGUCCAAGUCGUCGCCGCCUGCUGGGCCCAAGCUGCCGCCGCCUCCUGCUGAGUCCAAGUCGUCGCCGCCUCCUGCUAAGCCCAAGCCGUCGCCGCCUCCUGCUGAGCCCAAGCCGUCGCCUCCUGAUGGGCCCAAGCUGCCGCCGCCUCCUGCUGAGUCCAAGUCGUCGCCGCCUCCUGCUGAGCCCAAGCCGUCGCCUCCUGCUGGGCCCAAGCUGCCGCCGCCUCCUGCUGAGUCCAAGUCGUCGCCGCCUCCUGCUGAGUCCAAGUCGUCGCCGCCUCCUGCUAAGCCCAAGCCGUCGCCGCCUCCUGCUGAGCCCAAGCCGUCGCCUCCUGAUGGGCCCAAGCUGCCGCCGCCUCCUGCUGAGUCCAAGCUGCCGUCGCCUCCUGAUGGGCCCAAGCUGCCGCCGCCUCCUGCUGAGCCCAAGCCGCCGCCUCCUUCUAUGCCUAAGCAGUGAAGCCUAUGAGGCUUACAUGAAUUUAUGAGAAUCGAGUAGAGG